AACCUCGCGUCUCCCACAGCACACCCUUGCCACCAUGACUGCUCAACCGAGGCGCUUGUUCUCGUUUCGCCUUGUGCUUCUCCUUCUGGUCUUCUGUUCUACAGCCUUCAGCACGUGUCCCGAAGCUGACCAGAUCCACUGCUUCACCAACUCGCGCUGCACGAGGAUCAGGUACAUCUGCGACGGCGACAACGACUGCGGCGACAAUUCCGACGAAGAGAGCGAGCUUUGCCGACACUGGAGGAACAACGACUGCGAGCGGAACAACGCCAUGUGCCACCGCAACGGCCGCUCCGACUGCAUCACCAUCUCCCACUACUGCGAGAUCAGCAGCCCGCCCUGCAAUGGGACCGUCGACGCCCGCAUCUGCCAGAUGCUGCGAGACGAGAAACUGCUGCCGCUCUCCGCCGUGUCCAUGCCCACCACGCCCACCUCGACCACAGUUGAAGAGCCUGUCGAGAGCGCCUCGCCCCGGGCGCGCUCUAAGCGAGAGUGGAUGUUUGCAGAGGCAAUGCAGACGGAACCGACCGUGCAGGUGCAGGAGGAGGACGUCGUGAAGGAGAUCGAUGCCAGACUCGACGCCACUCUCCGCCACGCUGACUGCCCGCAGCUCUUCACGCGCGUCGGAGAGCAGUGCGUCUCCAUCUUCUACAUCGGGAACGUCAACUGGCUGGAGGCAAGAGCGUUCUGCAAGGCCGUCGGCAGCGACCUCUUUACGCUCUCGAGGGACGGAAAGAAUUUCGCUACAAUUUUGCAGCAUCUUCGACUCUCUCAGGUGACGACCGAUUUCUGGGUCGGAGGGCGUUAUGUCAACGAGACUGUCGGGUGGUCUUGGGUCAACGAUGAACCGAUGGUCCUCGGCUCACCCUACUGGGCUGUCAGACACUCGGAGAGCUGCCAAACGCGCUCCUUCACCUCGCCCGUGCUCAACCAAACCCUCCAGGCCAACGAUGGGGAGUGCUACAACUACGUGCAGGCGCCCCGACAACCUUCCACUGCCAACUGCGCGGCCCUCACCUUUUCCCACUACUUUUACGUCAGCGACGAGUCCUGCUUAACCAAGAAGAGUCCGCUGUGCGUCCUUCCCUCCCAAGGACCCAAGGAGGCGUUGUAGAGGCACCAGUGCGUUCCAUAGACGCCCAGAAGAGAAAAGAAACUAAUUGCUUUAGACUCAUCUGUAGUCUAAAGCAGUUACCCUUGUUAUGUCCAGUAUCUUCACUCAACCUCCACUUCCAUAUAUUUCUCAUUACCUUCAUCUCCACCCCUUCUCCAUUCCCUCAAAUAUCCGAGGUUAUUUGGGUCUUCUUCCAGCGGUUAAUAUUACUGUAGUUUACCGAUCUUAAUUUUUGUUCUCCAACUUUAUCUUUAGCGUUUUCCGUCUCUCACAGAACGGUUCACGUAUCUGGUGAGUGCAUUUCUUCCAUCUGAAUGAUAAAGAGCAGCAUUUGUAUUCAUGUCAGAUAGAUCUGUCACCAUCAUCCUGGUAUUAUGACAAUUGUUUCAUUACAGGCGAAAGUAUCCUUUCACACUUGUCUGUGAGGUGUAACUAUCAAUGGAAUUUGUCAUCUUUAUUCCUUUAUUUGUCUCCCUUUCAUCCAAGCUUCUUCAUUUUUUUUCACAAUAGCAUCGAAAUUUGCUAAUACUCAGGAAAAUAUUAAAUCUGAUUAAAACAUGUUAAUGUGAUUGUUUUUCAUGCAACAGAAGAAAGGACUGAAUAAU